CCGCGGCGGCGGCUAUUCAAAUCGGGGCCGGGACUCUGGAGGCGGCUGAGUGCGAGGCAGAAAAUGGCGGGGCCGGGCCGCCAGGAGCGGGCAGCCGACCUGCUCCAGACCGAGCCCGCGGAGGCCCCGACCGUGACCCCGGAGCUCGCCGCGGGACGGGGCGGCAGCAGCGCGGCAGCGUUUCACUGCCCGCAGGGCCCGGCCGGCCGCGCCCCGGGCUGCCGCUCGGUCUCGGUGGUGUUCCCCGGCCCCGUGACCCAGCAGGGCUGCUGCCACUUCGCCUGCGAGCUCCUCAAGCACGUGCUGUACCAGCGGCACCAGCUGCCCCUGCCCUACGAGCAGCUCGCCUACUUCUGCAGGAGAGCGCUGCCCCGCCAGCCACAGGAUGGAGAUGCAAUUAAGAAGAAGCCACAUUCCCCAGACCUAGUGAGCAGCAGGAAGUGCCAGCAGUUGCUAAUGGAGCUGGAGGGAGUGUUCCGGCACUUGGAAGCCAUGUUCAACCUGACAUUGGUCCCUCGGGUCCUUAUUCUAGUUGGAGGAAAUGCCAUGAGCCCCAAGGAGCUCUAUGAGAUCAACUUGGAGGGCAUCUCUGUGGGCAAUGCUGAAGAGAGCCUGCAAACACCAUCCUGUGUUCGUAAGCUUUUCCACUCACUCUUCCUUGCAGACGUCUUCAGUGAGCUACAGGCUGUCCCUGUCAUGGGAACCAUUGUCAUGGUCCAAGGCCACCGUGACUGUGGCAUUGACUGGUUCCGACCCAAGCUCAACUACAAAGUGCCAACACGCGGGAGGAAGCUGACUGUCACCUUGUCCUGUGGUGGAAACAGCAGUACAAAUUCAUCUUCUCAGCAGGGAGCGACCUCUGUCUGGGACAACUACAUAUGGUUCCAAGCACCAGUGACAGUUAAGGGCUUCCAUGAUUGACUCUUGCUCUAUAGCAUUUUAAUGAGAUUUUAAAUAAUCAUCUGGUGCUACUUUAGUUGAUACAGAAGAAUGUGUUUUUAUGAUCUGUAGCUACACCUCUCUGAAUCCUCUAUCCAGGGAAUCUGCUACCUGCAUGCAGCUGGGGUGUGUUCCACUGUCCAUACAACAGAGCUUUAAAUAUCCUCAUACCCGGGGAAAGCACUAGAGCAGUUUUGCCCACAGAUGUAGGUCUCUUGGGGGAACUGAGUCAGGAAGAAGGAAUUCCCUAGAGGGUUGGUGGGAGUAAUUUUAUGUUUGUGCAGCAUGCCCACUUACCCAGUCAAUACUUGAAGCAGCCUUUUCUGAGAGUAUCAUGGGCUUCACACAGCUGUUCUCCUCUACUUGCUGAUAAAGUAGUGUACAAUGUUAAUGGAUGAAUUGGGACUUGAUUAAUUGGUAUUUAUGCUUAAUAUGGGGGUGACAAGGGCAAUCUAGCAGGUCAUACUAAGCCACUCAGGAUCUCAUCUCCUCCUUUACGGACUGGUAAUUCCAUGAAAAUGGAGGGUUGUCCUGUGGUGUCUUGUCCACCACAGGACAAGUUGACAGGUGGGGGGUUGCAUAGCUAUAAGAAGAAUCACUUGAGGGAUGUAGUGUUGUGUGAGGGAUGUUCUAAAGAGGGAGACCUCUAACCGUGAAAGAGGUUUUCUGCCCAGCACUGCUUUUUCUAUACUUGUGGAAGAAUGGAUGUUUGAACAAUGCCACUGGCACCCAGGGUGAGAGGGCUCUGAAUGUUUUAAAUUUUCCAGUUAUCAGUGAAACCAUAUAAAUGAUUCAUGAUUCAUUUCUAUGAAUGGCUGAGGCUCUUCACUUAAACUGCACAGCAUCUGAUGCCCUAGUUUAAACUAGAAAUCUCUUCAAACUUGUGGAUUUCACUUUAUAGCCCUUUCUGUUCUUCCCUGCCCCAAUUCAGUAGAAGGCUAGGGGUUUGUAAAGCUACAGGAGUUUUUCACUUGAUUUAUGCUGUUCUUCCCCUAUAUAAGUUGUUACCCAUUCUAAGUUUUGUUACAGAACUAGCAUACGUAUCACUAUCCUCUCCCUAAUCUGUUCUAA